AUGUUUUGUCGCACCGGCCAGAUCACCAGCCAGAGACGUUUUAUUUCCACCCGCCGGGCGACACAGGGCAAGGCGCCUCGAAGGAUGCAGUCCGAACGUCAUGGGGACCCUUCCGCUGUCGGAAUCGGUGUCCCCGUGCACUUGAGGGAACACCUGCAUGCGCCGGACAGGGAGAUAUUCGAGGUCAAGGCGAAGCUUCAGGCCCUGACGAAGAGGCUCCAUCAGGCGGAACAGGACAGGGACGAGGCCCUUAAGGUUGCAGUUGCUGCUGAUGCUAGGAGGAAGGCGGCCGACGAGCACGCGUCACAGAAGCUCGAGAAGGUUCGGACACGCGCUGAGGCGGCGGAGCGCGCGGCUGAGUCGAGCGAGUUACUGGCAGACGCGACCAGCGCUGCUCUCCAGGAGAUGGAGAUUCGAGCCCAGACCGCUGAGGCUGAGCUUCACCGACAGACGGAGAGAGUGGCGCGACUGGAGGAGGCGUUGGAAAAACAGAGGGCGAAAGGUGUGACCCUCGAAGACGAUGUCGAUAUUCUCAGGCGUCGUGUGCGGAAUCUGGAGCGAGGAAUAUCGUCGUUCUCGAAGGCAUCGCAGACCGCGACGGAGGACUUUGUCGACUCGGGUCCGCGAGAGGAAGAUCACAGCUUCGGAGUCAAUGCGGCGGAGCUGCUCCGCGAGCUUGAAGACGUGGGGACUGAUGCGCACAUAGAUGCCACCGGGGCAGUACGUCGCGCCACCGCGAGGGAUCCCCGCGAGCCAGAGGGGCUAGGUGCCGAAAUCAUGCCACCGCGGUUGGAGGCGCCGGUCACAGUUCCCGAAGAUGAUUGGGGACCGGAUGCGUCAGACGACGAGGAGGCGGGGCAGCGUAGAGUCGAGGAGUGGGAUCAACCCGAGGCGAGUGAAGGGAGCGCACUGGUUGCCGUCGCGAGUGGAGAAGAUGUUGUAAACUUGGAGCAGGAAAGAGAGGAACGCGACACCCAAGAAUUCAAAGGACUCGAAGGACACGUCAUAGAGAGCGCAGGAGUGGGUGAAAUGGAAGACGAUGGAUGGGCCGGCGACGACCCGUCGUGGGUUGCAGACAAAGAACUGUAG